AUCAUUAGUAGAACCACAAAACGUACAAAAAUGUACAUUGGUCUUUGUAGAAGGUCCUUCUGCCAAAGGUUUUGCUUUAUGUGGGCUUAACGUUCUUGGUCGUAAUGAUUGGGGUGUUUUCCCACUUUGUGGCAAACUGUUGAAUGUUUGUGAUGCAUCACCAAUGCAAAUAUCUGAAAAUAAAAUAAUCCAAGAAAUUAAACAAAAACUUG